CUCGCUGGGCCGACUUUGCUCUCUGGUUAAGAGUGCGCCUGCGCGGUCGCUGGGGGCUCGCCACCUCCGCCUCCCCUCCCCCUGACGCCCCGUGGGGGCUCCCGGCCCGGCGGGACCAUGUUCACCAGCACCGGCUCCAGUGGGCUUUACAAGGCACCGCUGUCCAAGAGCCUUUUGCUGGUCCCCAGUGCCCUGUCCCUUCUGCUGACCCUCUUGCUGCCCCACUGUCAGAAGCCCUUCGCGUAUGACCUCCAUGCUGUCAAGAACGACUUCCAGGUUUGGAGGCUGAUAUGUGGAAGAAUAGUUUGCCUUGACUUGAAAGAUACUUUCUGCAGUAGUCUUCUUAUUUAUAACUUCAGAAUAUUUGAAAGAAGAUAUGGGAGCAGGAAGUUUGCAUCCUUCUUGCUGGGCUCCUGGGUCUUGUCAGCCUUGUUUGACCUAAUUCUUGUGGAAGCCGUGCAGUAUUUGAUUGGUGUCACUGUGGCCAAUAAUCUGCCUUCUGGAUUCCUGGCACCCGUGUUUGCUCUCUUUGUACCGUUUUACCGCUCCAUCCCAAGAGUCCAAGUGGCACAAAUCCUGGGCCCGUUGUCCAUCACAAACAAGACACUGAUUUAUAUAUUGGGACUGCAGCUUUUCACCUCUGGUUCCUACAUCUGGAUUGUAGCCAUAAGUGGACUUAUUGCCGGCAUGUGCUAUGACUACCAAGUGCUCCAGGUUCACCAGGUGCUCCGCAUCCCUGGCAGCAUGGCCCAGUUCUUCUCCUGGGCCCUGGAGCCUGUCUUCUCGUCCUCAGAGCCCACCAGCGAGGCCAGAGUUGGGAUGGGAGCCACAGUGGACAUCCAGAGGCAGCAGAGGGUGGAGCAGCUUGACCGGCAGCUGAUGCUCUCUCAGUAUGCACACGUGAGGCGACAGAGGCAGCAGCAGGGAGGAAUGAUCAAUUGGAAUCGGCUUUUCCCCCCUUUACGUCAGCGACGAAAUAUCAACUAUCAAGAUGGUCCUCGAUCUGAACAGCGAGCAUCUCCUCCCCUGGAAGUUUCUGAGGAGCAGGUUGCCCGGCUCAUGGAGAUGGGAUUUUCCAGAGGAGAUGCCUUGGAGGCCCUGAGGGCCUCAAACAAUGACCUCAAUGUGGCCACCAACUUCCUGCUGCAGCACUGACAUUCAGCCCAGCUGUUGAGUGACAGUGGCAUGUCCCUGCCACCACAUCAGCCUGAAGACCCAGCAGACUCCAGCACAGAUGUCCUCAAGAGGAGAGGGUGGUCCCCACCAUACACUGUCCUUAACUCCAAGAUGGUUACCAUUGUAGUAUCAGAUAAGUUUGCCAUUAAAUUAGCAUGUAUUUUCUAUCUUUAUUUUUUUACUGGGCCUUUCUCAGUUUGGAGAAUCGUCAUUCUUAACAUGUUCAAAUGCAUGACAGUUGCAGGUUUCUGUGGCAGUUUAUAGCACGCGGAUGGGAACAGCUGUCAUGAUGCUCAUGUGGAGCAGUCUGCUUGUCCUCAUCUCAGUAGAGGGGCAGGUCACGUGACACCAGGAAGGAUGUGUCACACUACUCUUUAUGGACUAUUUUUUCUCUUAAAUUUGUGUUCACAUCCCAGUGGCUGUCCUGCCCAUACUGCCCACACACUGGACAGUGUCCUCCAGGCCUCCAUGAGGGAGGAAGCAGGAGAUGAGCUCCCUCCAGCCUAGGGAAUCUGUCCCAACUCCUCCCUGCUUUCAGUAAAAAUAACAAUCCAGUGCCAACUUCAGGUUCUGGAAUACUCCAUAAUACCUAACUGGGGUUUAUUUUGCCCAGAAUGCCCUAUGGGAGCCACUCAGGCUAAGGGGUGAAACAGAGUAAGAGGUGAAGUGAGCAGAGAAAGUUGCUUUCUAGAAACUUGUGGGGCCUGUGCAGAGAGCACAGAGCUGGUCGGUGUGGCUCAGCCCCACUUGGGCUAACCUGCUGGCCCUCUGCACACACCACCAGCUCUUCUGGCAGCAGCCCCAUCCUUGCCCCCUUGUAGUGGGUGAGGCAAUACCCACUGUGGGGCACAGUCAGGGAGGUGUAGGCAGGAGGCAGCCCACUGUGAGCACAAACAGUUCUAGAAGUUGAUGAUUGUCCUAAAGCAAACUGCACUGGUGGGUGUGUUCUGCAAAAUGAGCAGCAAUGUGUCAAAUUGAUGCAAAUUUAGGUGUGUGAUACUUACAAUAAAGUUUUUAUGUGUUUUA